CCUCCCCGCCCGGCGCCCGCCACUGACGGCCGCGGGGCUGGGGGCGGGCGCCCGGCCUCCCGCGCACCCCGCCGUCCGCGCCCGGCCGUCCGGGGCCGCCGCCCGCGCCCGCGCCCGCCCGGCUCUGGAGGACCCGCAGCUGCCGCCGGCGUCGGCCCAUGGCCCGGAGGUACGAUGAGCUGCCCCACUACCCAGGCAUCGUGGACGGCGGCGCAGCCCUGGCGGGCUUCUCGGAGGAAGCGCCCUCAGCACCCAGAGCUCCUGGGCCCUACGGCCUGCACCGGCCUCCCCAGCCCCUGCCCCCAGGCUUGGACGGUGACAGCCUGAAGAGGGAGAAGGAUGAGAUCUACGGACACCCGCUCUUCCCGCUCCUGGCGCUGGUCUUUGAGAAGUGCGAACUGGCCACGUGCUCCCCCCGCGACGGCGCGGGGGCUGGGCUGGGCACGCCCCUGGGCAGCGACGUCUGCUCCUCCGAUUCCUUCAACGAGGACAUCGCCGCCUUUGCCAAGCAGGUCCGCUCCGAGAGGCCCCUCUUCUCCUCCAACCCAGAGCUGGACAAUCUGAUGAUCCAGGCCAUCCAGGUGCUCCGGUUCCACCUGCUCGAGCUGGAGAAGGUCCACGACCUGUGCGACAACUUCUGUCACCGCUACAUCACCUGCCUCAAGGGAAAGAUGCCCAUCGACCUGGUCAUCGAGGAUCGGGAUGGCGGCUGCAGGGAGGAUCUUGAGGACUACCCGGCCUCCUGCCCCAGCCUCCCGGACCAGAAUAAUACAUGGAUUAGAGACCAUGAGGACAGUGGGUCGGUACAGUUGGGGACGCCAGGUCCAUCCAGCGGGGGCCUGGCCUCCCAGAGUGGAGACAACUCCAGUGACCAAGGAGAUGGGCUGGACGCAAUUGUGGCCUCUCCCAGUUCUGGGGGAGAGGACGAGGAGCUGGACCAGGAGCGGCGGCGGAACAAGAAAAGGGGGAUUUUCCCCAAGGUGGCCACCAACAUCAUGAGAGCCUGGUUGUUCCAGCAUCUCUCGCACCCGUACCCCUCGGAGGAGCAGAAGAAACAGCUGGCGCAGGACACGGGGCUCACCAUCCUGCAAGUCAACAACUGGUUCAUCAACGCCCGGAGGCGCAUCGUGCAGCCGAUGAUCGACCAGUCCAACCGCACAGGGCAGGGUGCCGCCUUCGGCCCGGAGGGCCAGCCCCUGGCGGGCUACGCCGAGUCGCAGCCGCACGUGACAGUCCGGCCACCGGGAUCGGUGGGGAUGAACUUGAACUUGGAAGGAGACUGGCAUUAUCUAUAGAGGCUGGAUUCAGGAGAAGUAUGAGAAGACUGAGGCUCAGAGAGAAGAGGUCACUUGUGUAGGUCCACCUUGCUCAGAAAAGCAGAGGGAACAGCAUGUGCAAAGGCCCAGGGUGGGGGGAGGCAGCCUGGGGUUUCUAAAGCACAGAUCAGAUCUUGAAGCUCCCUGGAUUAAACCCUUCUGUGGCUCCCUAGUGCCCUCUGGACAAAGUCCAGACUCCUUAGCCCAGCAUCCAUCCAUGAAUACACGUCUUCCGAGCCCCUCUGUGCCCAGCCUGUGCUGGGUGGCGCUGGGGCCACAACAGUGACCGAGAAAGGCCCAGCCCCAGGCAGGGGCGACCCAGAGUGGGCAGAGCUGGGUUGUGGAAGCCCAGGAGCGAGAGGAGCCCAGAGGGGGCGCUGGACCCAGGCUUUGGGGGAGGGGGAUGGUUCAGGGAGGGCUUCCUGGAAUAGGGGGCAUCUGACCCAGGCUGGAAGAUUCAAGGAGGGCUGCCUGGAGGAGAGGACUUUGGAGAUGAGACCAGGAGAAUGGGAAGAGUGGGGCAGGAGAGGGGUGACUCGCAGGACAAGCGCAUCCGUGAGGGCCCAGCAGUGAGGGAGGGGGCUUCCCCCCCACCGCCCGAUGCCCCCACUGGGCCCUGUGCUCCCCCUCCUUUGGGUCUCUCCUCUCGUCCUUUCCUUGUCUCUCCGUGUCCCUCGUUGUCGUAUACAAUUCCGCCUGACUCCUUUCUGUCCCCUCUCCCUCUGUCCCACUCUGUGUGUCUCCUCAUCAUUCUCUCUUUCUGGGUCUCAUCUCCCUCUUUCUCGGUCACUCCAUCUCUCCUGUCUGUGGUGCCCCCCUGUCCCUGCUCCGUGUCCCCUCCCACCUCCUCACCUGGGCUGUCCCCACCCCACAGCCCCGGCCGGCCUCCAGCUGUGACCGCCAGCCUCUCCGGCUCCAGGACCCACCUCCAAAGGCCCGUCCACUCAACGCCUACCUCCCCGGGGCCCCGCGGGGACAGGGGGCCUGAGCGCCCACCCGAGGGUCUCUCCGGGACACCCACAAGGCCGCCAGGCCCUGAGCCUCACUUCUGUCCUCACCUCUGCCCGGGCCCCAGCUGCGAUCCCGGGCCGAGGUCUCCAGAAGGUGGUGGCUGGGGCUCCGCCUCCAGGACAGAGAAGGGGCUGGGCGGGCUGGGAAGGGGGGGUCGCCCGGAUCCAACAUUUUGGGGAGAUUCCUUCAGCCUCCCCCACCCCCGUGUUCCCCCACCUCCCUUCUCUGAUUUUUUUUUUUUUU